AUGACGAACCCAUCCACCGCUCAUCCUCAGAACCAAGCUGGCAGGCUGCGUAUCGCCAUAGUAGGUGGUGGGAUUGGUGGUUUGACGUGCGCCAUAGCGUUAAAAAAUUGCGAGAAUAUUCAGUUGGAUCUGUAUGAAGCUGCAUCAGAGAUAUCCGAGAUUGGAGCAGGUAUCACAGUCUGGCCGAGGACGUGGGGUUUAUUGCGAGCUUUGGGAUUGGAGGAAGCUUUGGUUAAAGGUUUGGAGGAGCCUCCAAACCUGGGUGAACUUAAGGUCGCGUUCACAAUGAGGAAGGGUGAUCAGCGCCAGGGCGUCCCAAUAUUUGAUAUGAAGAUGAAUGGGGGUUCCCUGAAUUUCCAUCGUAGAGACAUCCAACAGGCGUUACUACAGCAACUUCCUUCGUCCCACAUUCAUUUGAACCAUCGGUUGGUGAAAUGCACGGAAACACCUCAAACGGUACACCUCGAAUUCUUGGACGGUAGUCGGGUUGAGUGUGAUUUACUGGUGGGGGCAGACGGUAUCAAGUCUGUGGUGCGACGUUGCCUGAAAGGUGACAAUCGGUGGCUGCCUAUAUAUACAGGGACUUUGGCAUUUCGGGGACUUGUACCGCGAGAACGAUUGGAGAAGAUGAAUCCUGCGCAUCGGACUCUCAAAUCUCCUACGAUGUAUUUAGGAAAAAAUCGAGUAAGGCGCCAGGUUCAUAAAUGGCCGCAGAAGGCAACUGAGAUUUGUGUUAAGCAUAUCGUGGUAUAUCCGAUCAGCCAGAACCGUGUUAUCAACGUCGUUGCAUUUCAUUCCAAGUUUGAAGACUUCGGUAAACCAUGGAGUGGACCGGAAGUGAGAGACGCAACGAGAAAAGAAGUUUUGGAGGUUUACGAGGGCUGGGAGUCGGAAGUGCAGGAAUUGUUGCAGUGCAUCGAAAAACCAACAUGCUGGGUUAUUCAAGAUGUGAAUCCAUUGGAUUCGUAUGUGGGAAGGCGGACUUUGUUGCUAGGCGACGCCGCCCAUGCGAUGACACCACAUCUGGGCGCGGGUGCUGGUCAAGCAAUGGAGGAUGCGUAUAUACUCGGAGUCGUGAUUUCCGCCACUUGUUGCAAACCCGAAGAUAUUCUCCGCAUCGUACAAACCUACGAUGCAAUUCGGAGACCGUUCUGUAACUAUAUUGUGUCGACAGCAAGGAAACAAGUGAGGUAUUACGAGCUGGAUGCACCCGAGUUCCAGGAUAUGAGAGAACAGGAGGGGGAACGGUUGUUGUCUGCACAGCAAAUGUCGACGCUUGCGAAGACGGUUUCGGGACAUUGGUCAUGGGCGUCUUCGUCUGUAGAUAGGGAUUGUCAACAAGCCGUGGCGAUGAUAACUGGAGGGUCGAAGAAUCCUAAACUCUGA